AUGGGGAAUUUACCAUCACCCCGAGUUCAAGAGGCAUAUGCUUUCGAACAUACCGGAGUUGACUAUUUCGGUCCUAUCUUCAUCAAGGAAAAAAAGUUUCGCAAUAGAGCUCGUGUAAAGGCGUAUGGAUGCGUAUUUAUUUGUAUGGCCUCAAAAACCGUUCACAUAGAAAUUGUCAGCGAUAUGACCACAGAUGGUUUUUUGGGAGCCCUCAGACGUUUUAUCGGCCGAAAAUCACAUCCUGCGCAUAUAUACUCAGACAAUGGAAGUAAUUUUGUAGGUGCUAACAAACAACUACGAGAACUUUACUGUUUAAUCGAUUCGGAGCAAUUUAAAAACGACGUAAGGAUAUUUGCAUCUCGAGAACGCAUUACCUGGCACUUCAAUCCACCAUUAUCUCCACACUUCGGCGGUAUCUGGGAAGCGGCCGUAAAGUCGUUUAAACACCAUUUUAAGAGAGUAAUAGGAGACAAGUUACUUUCAUUCGAGGAACUGAAUACAUUCGCUAUUGAGAUUGAAGCUAUCUUGAACUCCAGGCCAUUAUGUUCACUAUCUUCAGACCCAAAUGACCCUAUGGCGCUCACACCCGGUCAUAUAUUAACCGGUCGCCCAUUGACAGCAUUACCCGAAGAGAAUCUGGAAGGGAUACCUGAAAAUCGACUGUCCGUCUGGAAGUUCAUUAGUCAAGCUCGUCAAUCAUUUUGGAAACGCUGGCACGUUGAAUAUCUGAGUGAAUUACAAAAAAGACAGAAAUGGCUAACGACUUCAAAGGAACUUCGAGUAAACAACGUUGUAAUUAUUAUUGAUAAAAAUACACCAUGUAUGCAAUGGAAGUUGGGAAUCGUAAAGGAACUACACCCAGGACCCGAUAAAAUUGUUCGAGUAGCUACCAUCAGGACCACUCAAGGCGAUUUCAAACGCAACAUCACUCAACUUUGCUUGCUUCCUGUUGAUUGCUGA